GUCAUGAUGACGCGAGUGUGUGCAGUGCGCAUGCGCGUGUACUCCGGGACGCGCCGCUCAAGAUUCUUCUGCAUCUAUAAGAAAAACAUGCGAACAUUAUCAUGCGUGAUCGCCGUGAGAGGACGCGCGCCGCAGCCGUGAGCCCGGGCCGGUUCGGAGGAUGUCGGACGGACCCGUGAAUAAAGUCCGAGUGAAACGGCAGAUCAGAACCAUCGUGAAGGAUCUGGAGAACAUUUUAGGGGACCUGAAGGAUGUUGCGAAGGAACUCAAAGAGGUGGUGAAUGAGAUCGACUGUCUCACAUCAGAUCUUCAUCUGGAGGAGGAGAUGACAGACAGCUCAAAGACAGACACGCUGAACAGCAGCUCGAGCAGCACCACGACCACCACCGUGUCCAGCAUCGACAAAAUCAAGAUCUACCCCGAGGAGAUGCUCUUCAGACCAGCAGCAGUCCCACCGGCGGUCCUCACCGUCCUGAAGAGACCUCACCCACCCCUGCCACCUCCCCGAAUGACCCCGAGCAGAGCCGAGGAACACAGCGAUGGCCUGUCGUCAGGGACACUGCCCGUGGCUAACGGGACAGUGAUGCGGAACAGAGUUUUCCCCGUGAGACCCAUCGACGUGUCCAGCACAGAGUCGUGUUGUGGGGUGAAAAGUGUGCUGGCGCCCUCCGCACCUCUGCUGAAACACGAGAAGAGCCGCUGUCCACAGACCACGAGGGAGCGUGUGCGAUUCAGCGAGAAGGUCCAGUAUCUCGGCUACUGUCCGGACUGCAACCUGCAGUGUGACGUGAAUGACACGGAUCUGCACUUACACACGGAACUGAUUGACGGCAAGCUAAGUCCCGUACAUCAGUGCCCGUCCUCGCUGCCCACUCAAGUCCUCGUGGACGACGGCAGCCUCGGGUUCCCCUCGCAAAAACCACACAAAACCAUUUUACGCCACAAGUCCACCACCACAACCGUUUGAUGUAGACUGAGUCUAAAUGAACCAUUUAAAUGUUCUCUUUCUAGUUUCCUUUUAUUUGAAGAGCUCCGGCCUCUCCAGCUGAAGAAACAAGAGAACCACCAAAACACGGAGAUCAGAAGAGAAUGUGCUUCACAUCACUGGAGAUGUUGAAAGGUCUGUGGUACAGUCGUCUUGAGUUCGUCAUAGUAUCUGACAGAAACCCAUCGAACCGCUCGCAUCAUUAACAGCCACAAGCCCCCGACAGCCACAACUCACAGAGGAAAUCAUUGCAGAAAGUGGCUUUCUAAUGCAGAAGAAAUCAUAGUAUUAUUCUCUCACAGCUGUUUCACUGGGACAACAAAUAAAUCUUUCAUAUAGGAUUAUACAUUUUGAUCCUUUAGGAACGAUGUUUGACCGGCACUUCAGUCUGUCAUAUAAUGUUGUUGCUAUCCAGGUGAAAUAAUAAUUCUAAAUACUGAAUUAGAUAACAUGUAAAACAUUGAUUCAUGUACUGACCUGUUCAACGGAGGACUGCUGCCAAUAGAAACUCUACAAACACUGUGUAGAGUGGCAAUAUAGAAAUAUACGUUUGUAAACAUAUUAUAUGUUUUUGUUAAGAAAACCUUCAAAGAGCAUAUUUUUGAUAUUCUGUGAGGUAAUUUUAAAGAUGUCAACAUUUUUGGAAAAUGUAUUUAUGUACCAUUAAAAAAAAACAUGAAAAAAGCAUCAGCAUCUACAGUAAACAUGCCUUUAAAGGGAUAGGUCACACAAAAAUGAAAAUAGUGUCAUCAAUUACUCACCCUCAUGUUGUUACAAAUACACAAGGCUUUCUUGCUGGGAGCACAAAAUGAGAUUGAUUCAGUCACCAUUCACUUUCAUUGUCGUUCUUUUCCUUACAGUUAAAGUGCAUGGUGACCAAGGACAGAGCAGCUUGGACAUUCUGCUAGAUAACUAUUUUGUGUUCAAUGCAAGAAAGAAAGUCAUGCAUUAAUGACAGAAUUGUGAACUAGGUGUUGGUGUAGAUAAAAAUGAAUAGUUUUACUAGCUAACACAAUGUUCUUACCAGAUGCAACACAAUAAAGUGACAAGCGAUAAGAGCAAUCUCGUACAUGUAAAUCGGAGUUUUUGUCCUAACCAGCUGCAACAAGUGACGGGACAUUUUAUAGCUUUCAACGGAGCGCAACAGUGCCGACCACUUUUUCAGCCGUCUAUAAAAUCCUUCUUUAAAGAGUUGUGCACCAUGAACCAAACCAACAAGCUCUGAGGUGAAUCACAUCAUUACAAACUUUGAUUUGAAGCAAAAAAGUAUUUGAACAUCGGACAAAAACAGAUACAAGACUGUGUACUUAACAUCUUUAAAGAGGGAAUGAACUACAAUCCCAUGAAGCAUUGCGAAUGACGCAAUUAAAAACAAUGUUAAUAUAUUUUAAAGUUGAUUUAAAGUUGUCGAUUAUAAGUCUAGAACAAUAUGUUUUAUUUAUAUUGCACAAUACUCAAUGGUUUGAGAGUUUAGAGAGAGCGACUCGACUGCAUCAUUCACAGUGCAUUAUGGGAGUGGGCGGAGCUACGGAUCUCUUUUGAAUGUGACUCUCUGAUUGGUGGAUCUUUCUUUAGGAUUAUGGGUAGUGUAGUUCUUCACAAGGAAAUAACGCAGACUGAUGACUUCAACAGAAGCAUAUACCAUCAAUGAACAACCUCAGAGCUCACGGUAUGUCUGUCUUUAAAGAUUUAUAAAUUGGUUUCUGCGGCAUUGCACUGGUUAGUCCUGCCUACUGUGAAAUCCCAAACCCUGCUCCAUAUUACUAUAUUAAACAUCAGAGAUUUUCUGAUUGGCUACGAUUAUAAUGUCACACAGCAGCUUCUCAUUCUGUGUGAACUGACAGAUUUACUUGUCACAUCACGUCUGGUUAGGACCUUGUAAUUGUUUUAUGUACACUGAAAAUGUCAUUUUUAUUUUAACAUGUCUGUGGUCUGUCUCUGAGCCACAAAUAAGAGAUUAUUCGUUCAUUUCCAAUCAUCACUGAUACCAUGUCAACCAGUGGGGUUAUUUUAGGAAAAAUUAUUUAAAGAGAGGUCAAACCACAAAGCUUAAUGAACUGGAGAGACUCGUUUUGUGUCACUGUCAGUUAAAAUUUGCUAAAUGACAAACUCAUAAAUCUGCUCAUACAAUGAGAUACAUGAUGAAAACAGGACAACUAGUGGGGGACCUGUUCUCGUUAGUUGCGCUGAUUAACACGUUGAGUGUGUAAUGGUCCUGUUCCAGACAUGAAUAAUCCCUCAAAUCAGAGAGAGUGCUGAUACUUCAGUAACAGAUCACACUUAUCAUUUACACUUGAAAAACCCCCAUAGACUCACACUGAAGGAGGGACUCGAGUCAGAUCAAGAGAGCAGAAUAUCACAGAGACUUGAGGGUGCACGACUCUUUUCACUUCGAACAGCAGAUAACCACCAAACAACAUAAGUGCAACCACCCAAACUCCCAACGCCUUUGUGCUUAACUGUGAGUUUUGCACAGUUUGUGUGCUGGCUGACAUUUUCAGAUGGUCCCUUACCACACCCUCCACAACUUAAGCACAAUGUGUGGACUUUUCAGACGGUUCCUUAACCACAGGCAAAAUUUCCAACGAAUAUCAAGGUUACAUUAAAGGAAUAUUCCGGGUUCAAUAC